UUUGGGAAGAUAAGAAAUGUAGUUAAUUGACCAAUUUGACUAGCAAUCCAAAAAAAAUACACCUCUAUUGUUGCCUCGGGCUCAACUCAACCACCCCAGAAACCGCUUUCAUUGACCCCCUUUUUCCCAUCUUCCUUCCCACCCUUUUCUUUCUCCCCAGAUCUCUCUCUCUCUCUCUCUCUCAAAUUUAGGAUUUUGAUUUGUUCAUUUUCAUCCAAUAGAGAUAUGAAAUUCCCCACCUUUUUCACUCAAUUUCUCGUUUGCCCACUUUGUUGGCUCUGAUCUGUAAAGAUUCGAUUUUGGGUGUCUUUUUUUUUUGUUUCUUAUUGAUUUCGUAAUUAGGGUUUGCUUUAUUAUUAUUGAUGGUGGGUUCGGAGAGCUUAACGCCGCCGCCGCCGCCGCCGGCAGAUGCGGCGGCGAAGAAGUAUGGUGUGACUAAGCCUUUGUCUCUUGCUGGCCCCACCGACACUGAUCUUCUAAGAAAUCAGGCCUUAGAAAAGUUUUUGAAGGACUCAGAGUUGUAUGAGAGCGAGGAAGAGACAGCAAGGAGAGAAGAAGUGUUGCGUCAGCUUGAUCAGAUUGUAAAAUCAUGGGUUAAAGAAUUGACUCGCCAGAGAGGCUACACUGAUCAAAUGGUGGAGGAUGCAAAUGCUAUCAUAUUCACUUUUGGUUCUUAUCGGCUAGGAGUUCAUGGGCCUGGAGCUGACAUAGAUACAUUGUGUGUUGGUCCCUCUUAUGUCAAUCGUGAUGAAGAUUUCUUUAUCAUUUUGCAUGAUAUUUUGGCUGAAAAGGAAGAAGUUAGUGAACUUCAACCAGUUCCUGAUGCCCAUGUCCCAGUUAUGAAAUUCAAAUUUCAAGGAAUAUCUGUUGAUCUCCUUUAUGCAAGCAUAUCUCUUUUAGUUGUCCGUGAAGAUUUAGAUAUCUCAGAUCGUUCUGUACUGUACAAUGUGGAUGAACCAACCGUUCGAAGUCUCAAUGGGUGCCGGGUUGCCGAUCAAAUACUGAAACUAGUUCCUAAUGCGGAGCACUUCCGCACAACUCUUAGAUGUUUAAAGUUUUGGGCAAAAAAGCGCGGUGUUUAUUCCAAUGUUACCGGAUUCCUUGGCGGUGUGAAUUGGGCUCUUUUGGUUGCUCGCAUUUGCCAAUUUUAUCCUAAUGCACUCCCAAGUAUGCUUGUUUCUAGGUUCUUCAGAGUUUAUACACAAUGGCGUUGGCCAAAUCCAGUGAUGCUAUGCCCAAUAGAAGAGGAUGAGCUUGGUUUUCUUGUUUGGGAUCCUCGCAAGAAUCCAAAAGACCGAACCCAUCAUAUGCCAAUUAUCACCCCUGCUUACCCUUGCAUGAACUCUAGCUACAAUGUCUCACCAAGUACUCUUCGAGUAAUGAUGGACCAAUUUCAGUUUGGUAACAAAAUUUGUGAGGAGAUAGAGUUGAAUAAAGCACAGUGGGCCGCGCUUUUUGAGCAUUAUCUUUUCUUUGAGGUCUACAAAAAUUAUCUGCAGGUUGACAUUAUAGCAGCCGAUAAUGAUGAUUUGCUAGCUUGGAAAGGCUGGGUGGAAUCCCGGUUUCGACAACUAACACUUAAGAUAGAACGGGACACGAACGGGAUGUUGCAGUGCCAUCCGUAUCCUAAUGAAUUUGUAGACUUAUCUAAGUCAUGCCCACAUUGUGCUUUUUUUAUGGGCUUGCAGAGGAAACAGGGUGUCAAAGUGCAAGAAGGACAACAGUUUGAUAUUCGUGGCACAGUCGAUGAGUUUAAGCAAGACGUAAGCAUGUACGCUUAUUGGAGACCAGGCAUGGAUAUCUAUGUAUCUCAUGUUCGGAGGAGGCAAAUUCCUCCUUUUGUCUUUCCAGAUGGAUAUAGGAGACCGCGACAAUCUAGGAACACAAGUCAUAUUACUCCUGAGAAAGUUGCUAAAGGCUGCAGGUCUCCUGAUGAAAGGCAUCCAAAGAGGAAGCAGGAGGCUGACACAGUUCAUGUAUAUUCGGGCAAACCAGGAAAACGUGCUUCUAUCAGUCCGCAGAGGGUAGGAUCUGUUUCUCCUUUAGGUGGUUCUUGUUGGUCUGAUGGAUCAUCACAGAUAAUCGUUUCUGAUGAGUCACAGAGGGAGCUUGAGAGUUCUUGCCUACUGGGCAGCAGAAACGAUGCCUCUCUGAGUGACAGUUCCAUUUGUACACCUGAUAGUUUAAAUUAUACAAUGUCAAGGGGUUCCACUUUAUCCGGAGUUUCCAGAGAAAUUGAUUUAGAUAGUUCUAACACAAAAUCCUUCCCAAGCAAGGAGGUGCUCAGUCAGUGUGAAGACAUAUGCGCUAGAGACGUCCAGACUUUUCAAGUCUUGCAGAAUGAUGAGAAGGGGGAGAUUUUGGGAUCACUUCAUCAGGAUAAUGAACCAUGCAUUCAGACUGGUAGUGCAGAAAGUUCGGAAAGAGUGCCUGUAUCAAAUUCCAACAUUCAGAACCUCACUUGCGAGGGUGAUAUGAGCUUGACCGAUCAGAUUUCGCAACUAGGGGAUGGAUGUUUAAGUGGGAAUGGAGUAUUGGGUAAUGGCUUGGCCGAGAAGUCUCAGCCAAACCAUUCUCUCGCAAGGGCAAUGGAACCGCAGGAUGGAGCAAGCCCAGAGGCUGUGCAAGAGGCUGCAAUAAGGCAUGUGUUUCUGAGGACCUGUGUUUUAUGAUUUGAUAGGCUGUGUUAUCUUUAUGCUUUCUUGCUUUGUUCCUGUCAUGGUUUCUCUCUAGCAGGUUGAGUCUGGAAUCAACAGCUUGAAUUUUGGUGGACAUUCCAAAGAUUCGUGUGUUUCAAAGCAAGCGUGCCUGCUUUAAAGAUGGUUGGAUGAGGUGUUUGGAUUAGUCUCCAAGCUCACAUUUUAAAGUAAGAAGAGGUUGCAGAUUAUGGUGUGGAUGGUCUUCAAGCCCCCAAUUUGAAGUUGGAUGAAGGAGUUUUAGUGAUGAGAAUCCGUGCCUUUCUAAUACCCCCUCCCCCCUCCCCCCUCAAAAAGCCAAAAAAAUAAAAAAUAAAUUAAAAGGAUAAAAAUGAAGAAAAAAAGAAAAGAAAAGGAGAUGUGCCUGCAGUGUAUUGCUUAUUGUUGCAGUCAAGAGCCAGCGUCAGAGAAGAGACCUUGAAUAGUGUACACUCUCCUGGGUCUAAUCUACUUCUUUUGUUAUGAAUCUCGUAGAUGAUGUGGAAAGAGGAAGUUGCAUGUGAUGUUAAAAAAAGGGAACUGUAAAAUAGGGUAUUUGCCACUUUCUUCUUUCAAGGAUCUAUGAAGACUUGUCUUAUAUAGUGAUGUAGCAAACCUUCCAUGUUGGUACUAUUUUGUUUAAGAUGGUGUAUUUGCAGUUACUAUCC